GGGGCGGGGCCGGCGGCGCGGGAAGAUGGCGGCGGCGGAGAGCGGCGCGGGGAAGCGGCCGCGGGGCGCUGAGGUGCAGGACAGGAAGGUGGACUGGCGGCGCUGGAAGCAGGAGAGGAAAGCAGAGACGAAGAAAUGGAAGGAAAUUAAGCUGCUGAAGAAACUGGAGAAACAGCGGAUUCGAGAGUUGGCAGAACAACAAGCCCAGACGCAGGAGGAGCAGAAGGAAGACAGAGGCCGCCAGCACACGCUGAGCGUGGCCCUGCCCGGCUCCAUCCUGAACAACGCGCAGUCGCCGGCGCUGCGCACCUACCUGGCGGGACAGAUCGCCCGGGCCUGCACCAUCUUCUGCGUGGAUGAGAUCGUGGUGUUCGACGAGCACGGAGAGGAUGUGAAGACCGUGGAGGGGGAUUUUGAAGGAAUUGGGAAGAAAGGCAAGGCUUGUGUGCAGCUGGCUCGGAUCCUGCAGUACUUGGAGUGCCCUCAGUACUUGAGGAAGUCCUUUUUUCCAAAACACGAGGAUCUGCAGUUUGCAGGGCUGCUCAACCCCCUGGACAGCCCCCACCACAUGCGGAUGGACGAGGACUCGGAGUACCGCGAGGGCGUCGUGCUGGACCGGCCAGCGAAGCCAGGCAGAGGCUCUUUUGUGAACUGUGGGAUGAGGAAGGAGGUGCAGAUUGACAAACAGCUGAACCCUGGUCUGCGAGUCACCGUGCGCCUGAAUGAGCCCCAGAAUCCAGAAGCCAAAGUGCGGAAAGGCACCGUGGUGUCCUCGCACCACCCCCGGACAGUCUCAGGCCUUUACUGGGGUUACAGCGUCCGCCUGGCCUCCUGCUUGAGUGCUGUCUUUUCUGAGUGCCCAUUCAAGGAAGGUUACGAUCUCUCUAUUGGGACCUCAGAGCGAGGCAGCUCUGUGGACCAGGUCACUCUGCCCUCCUUCAGGCAUGCCCUUGUUGUAUUUGGAGGCCUUGAAGGCUUGGAAGCUGGGGUUGAUGUGGACCCAAACCUGGAGGUCACCGACCCAAGUGUCUUGUUUGACUUUUACCUGAACACGUGUCCCAGCCAAGGCAGCAGAACCAUCCGGACAGAGGAAGCGCUGCUGAUCUCUCUGUCUGCACUGAGACCACACAUGGAGGACGCUGUGAAGACACCCAGAGACAGCUGAGGGAAGGGAAACCUCUGACUGCUCUUUCUUCCUUGUAUGUACUCCCUCUAGAACAUUCUCCUGUCUCCUACUGGUCCUGGUUUGCUCCAAUGCUCCAUCCCGGUUACCUCUUUGGUUCCCCAGUUGGCUGUCCCUCCUGCACCACUGGUAUUCAAUUCCCGUUGGCCCUUGGCCCUCAGACCUGCCCCUUUUCCCCCCUUAUAAAACCCUGUGUCCUCAGCCGCGUUUUGUCUCUGUCCCGGGACCCUCUUCAUUGUAAUAAACCAGGUUUGGAGCUCCA